UCUUCAAGUGCGGUGUUCAGGUAUGUUCACAGGCCAGUUCUUCAAGUGCUGUGUUCAGGUAUGUUCACAGGCCUGUUCUUCAAGUGCUCUGUUCGGGUAUGUUCACACGGCUGUUCUUCAAGUGCUCUGUUCAGGUAUGUUCACACGACUGUUCUUCAAGUGCUAUGUUCAGGUAUGUUCACACGCCAGUUAUUCAAGUGCUGUGUUCAGGUAUGUUCACACGCCAGUUCUUCAAGUGCUGUGUUCAGGUAUGUUCACACGCCAGUUCUUCAAGUGCUGUGUUCAGGUAUGUUCACACGGCUGUUCUUCAAGUGCUGUGUUCAGGUAUGUUCACACGGCUGUUCUUCAAGUGCUGUGUUCAGGUAUGUUCACACGGCUGUUCUUCAAGUGCUGUGUUCAGGUAUGUUCACACGGCUGUUCUUCAAGUGCUGUGUUCAGGUAUGUUCACACGGCUGUUCUUCAAGUGCUGUGUUCAGGUAUGUUCACAGGGCUGUUCUUCAAGUGCUGUGUUCAGGUAUGUUCACACGGCUGUUCUUCAAGUGCUGUGUUCAGGUAUGUUCACACGGCUGUUCUUCAAGUGCUGUGUUCAGGUAUGUUCACAGGCCAGUUCUUCAAGUGCGGUGUUCAGAACAAGGUCCUUCCGAGAUGACUGAACUGUUUCGAGGUUUUAAUGAAAGCGUCCUCAGUGAGCUGGAAUGCCCCAUCUGCACGGAGUACAUGACUCCGCCCAUCACAUUAUGCGCCAACGGCCACAAUAUCUGUCGUAACUGCAGAUCGAAGAUUGACAAAUGCCCCAGUUGUAGAUCAGCAUUCCUUGACACAAGGAACGUUUCUCUAGAGAACAUUGCCAGACUUCAAAAAUAUCCUUGUACAAAUCGCCACGUUGGCUGCAAUGCCGUCUUAUCAAUGGAAUUCAUUGAGAAGCAUCAGAUAGGGUGUGCCUUCGCUUCAUAUCAAUGUCCCGUUAACAAUAUUCCAGGCAUAAAUUGUUCCUGGGAAGGGAUACCAAAGAAUUUCAAAUCUCAUAUCAAGAAAGUUCACAGAGAGUUUGUGAUCGAAGGGAAUUCAAUUUCGUGCGGAACCGGAACUAGAGCCGCUGUGUGGUUUACAAUGAGGGAAAUAUUUCUAAACUACCAAUGUGUGCAGGGAAAUAAGUGGUACAGUGCAGUUCAACAUGUAGUAACCAGUAACACGGACUUGAGAUUUAAGUGUAGAUACAAACUGCGGGCUGACGAUGGUAUUGAGGAGUUAACAGAGACGCAUAAAGUUCACAGUUGGAAGCAGGAUUUUCAGUCUAUUUUUAAAUGUGGGAGAUGCUUUCGUCAUGAUGACGAAGUGAUCAAAUGUUUCUUGAAAGAUGAAGAACUUGAUUUAACUCUUGAUAUUAUUAAAAUAGAGUAACCUCUGUGCAUGAAGACGUAGAGGUGGUGAGUGGUGAUACUGCUUCUGACUUUCAUAACUUUGUUACUGUAUUUAGGUAGGCGAAACAAUAAACUCAAAUUAGCCGUCA